AAGUAGGCGGCUCGGUGCUAAGGGAUGAGUGAGUCGGAGCUCGGCCUCUCCCCGGCACGUUCUCAGCUGCUCCUGGUUCAGACCCAGCGAGGGAGCUGCGACCGAGGCUCACCAUCCCGGGCGGGCAGGACCCGGGGCUGCUGAGCGCUCGCUCCCGCGUGUCCGACGCUUAGAGUCCCCGCGGCAGGAGAGGAGUCGGGACUCUAGAGCUCCAGGGGCGCCUGUGGGCUCCAGCGCCUCCGGCUUCCCCAGUUCCCUUCAGCUAAAGCCCCAGAGACGUGCUCAGCCCCGGGACCUCUGCGGAACAAGAUCCGGAUUGAGAAGCCACUGCCACUGCCGAAAUGGGCAGCAAAACCUUACCGGCGCCGGUGCCCAUCCACCCUUCCCUGCAGCUCACCAACUACUCCUUCCUUCAGGCAGUGAACGGCCUGCCCACAGUGCCUUCGGACCAUCUGCCCAACCUGUAUGGUUUCAGCGCGUUGCACGCUGUGCACCUGCAUCAGUGGACGCUGGGCUACCCGGCCAUGCACUUGCCACGCUCUUCUUUCUCCAAAGUGCCGGGCACCGUGUCCAGCUUGGUGGACGCGCGCUUCCAGCUGCCCGCCUUUCCCUGGUUCCCUCAUGUUAUUCAACCCAAGCCCGAGAUCACCGCUGGAGGCAGCGUUCCAGCGCUGAAGACUAAGCCGCGCUUUGAUUUCGCCAACCUGGCCUUGGCCGCAACGCAAGAAGAUCCGGCCAAGCUUGGCCGCGGGGAGGGCCCAGGCUCCCCUGCGGGUGGGCUGGGUGCCCUCCUAGAUGUGACCAAGCUGUCUCCAGAAAAGAAACCCACAAGGGGACGUCUGCCUUCCAAGACCAAGAAGGAGUUCGUCUGCAAGUUCUGUGGCCGCCACUUCACCAAGUCCUACAACCUACUUAUCCAUGAGCGGACACACACCGACGAGCGGCCCUACACCUGUGACAUCUGCCACAAAGCCUUCCGGAGGCAAGACCACCUACGGGACCACAGAUAUAUUCACUCCAAAGAGAAGCCCUUCAAGUGUCAAGAGUGCGGGAAAGGAUUCUGCCAGUCCAGGACUCUCGCUGUCCACAAGACGCUACACUCACAGGUGAAGGAGCUCAAACCUCCAAGAUCAAAUGCUAAAUAGAGCCUCUGGGUCACAAGGACCCUGGGCCCAGUGGCCCUCUCCUCCAGAGGGACCAGAAGCCUGACUCUGGCGGGCAGCGGGAGAGGCGCUCGCGGGACCUUCCACCUCUCCAACAUUGUCCCUUGGGUCCCUGGCGCACGCGGCACUUCAGAGCCCCGCCCGGGGCCGCGACCCCGACCGUCCCGGCUGCUCCCCUAGGACGCGGCUAAACUCUUGGCCAAAAGGCGGUACUCACGUGGCGGAAGGGAAACUGCAUUAAGAAAAGAACGAAAGCUCCGCGGAGCCGCAGCGGCGCCUCUCCCAGAAGUAUUACUUUUUCUAUUGUUGUUUUUAUACGUUUUCUUUUUUAUUUUUGUCUUUGACCAUAUAAGCUUGUAACUCUGACUGCAGAGAGUGAGGGGUGAGGGGAGAGGCAAGGAAGUCCUUAGCACUGGCAGCUCCCACCUCCUCCUCCCGCCACUGCCCCCUCCCCCGGAGCCUGCAAAAGUGUAAUCCCUGUAUCUGCUUCAGCCUCCCGCCCCAGGGACCGCCGGGCAGGAGCGCCCCCUCCCAGCUCUUGCGGCUCAGCCCGCGUCCUUGGGCUCCGGGACUCGUACAGCAGGGCGGGGACCUCAGGCCUGGGUCUGCAGGGGGCCCGGCCUCCGCUGCCGCGACACUGCGAGGGAGCAGCCAGCCAGGAGCCGGGCGUUAUAUUGCGAUUGGCACUUUAUGCUGACCAUCGGUAACGGACAUUUAUCACUGGAGUUUUUUUUUUAACUAAUAAAUAAACGGUUAUUUUACAGGCA